AUGUUCCAAAUCUUUGCUGAGCACUUCUUUGGUGGAGUGGAGAUGAUUCUUCUCACAGCCAUGGCCUAUGACCGUUAUGUGGCCAUUUGCAAGCCCCUGCACUACUCUUCUAUCAUGAACUGGAGGCUCUGUGGAAUUCUGGUGGGAGUAGCCUGGACAGGGGGCUUCUUGCAUGCCAUGAUACAAAUUCUCUUUACUUUCCAGUUGCCCUUUUGUGGCCCCAAUGUCAUUGAUCAUUUUAUGUGUGACUUAUACCCAUUACUGAAGCUUGCCUGCAUGGACACACAUAUUCUUGGUAUUUUGGUGGUUGCUAACAGUGGGUUCUUCUGCAUUUUAAUCUUCUCCUUGUUGCUUAUCUCUUAUGGUGUCAUUUUGUUCUCAUUAAGAACCCAUAGUUCUGCAGAGAAGUGGAAAGCUCUCUCCACCUGUGGAUCUCACAUUGCUGUUGUGCUUUUGUUUUUUGUCCCAUGCGUGUUUGAAUACGCACGACUUCCAACUACUCUCUCCUCUGACAAAAUGGUAGCAAUAUUUUACACCAUCCUAAGUCCUUUGCUUAAUCCUUUGAUUUAUACUUUCAGGAAUAAGGACAUGAAACAAGUCAUGAGGAAAGUGUGGAAAAGAUUGAGGGUUGAUUCUGAUGAAAAAUAA